UUUCAGUGUAGUUGUUUUUGACUAGAUGUAACAUUAGGUUUGCUGGAUUAAUCAUACAUGUAACAACAAAUCAUUGGAUGGAGCAAGUAGAGUGAAUUCAGUACCUGUAGUUUUUUUCAAAAUAUUCAAUUAGAAUGUAGCAUGAGUAACAAUAGAAUGAAAAACUAAGAAAGUCAGAAUUAUUUAAGGAUAUUCAUAUUACAUCAGAAGGAUGAAAAGAGGACCCUACAAAAGAUGGUUAGCUAAGGAAGCACCUGUACCAAAAUCAACAAAGUAUUCGACGACAAAAGAUUUUCAAGAGAAAGUUGUUAGUUCAAAGCCUGAUUUAUAUGAUAAGUUGGAUGAAGAUGAUGACUGGAGUAUACUUAAAACAUUUGAAUGUAAAGACACCCCCAUCUAUGAGAAUGCCAACAUUACAACAUCAGAUAGUGUAAUGCUCCUAAUGGAUUUUAUGCUAUCGAAUAAUCUGUCAGGAACAGUUGUUGAUCAUCUGCUCAAAAUCCUGAGACUCCAUCUCCCCAAAGAGGCCAAUCCAAGUCAUUUACGUUCUUUGUACUUCCUGAAGAAAUAUUUUGGACUUAUGAAUAGAACAAAUGGCGACUUCAAAAUACAUGAUAUAUGCAGCAAAUGCCUGGAUCUAUUUAGAGAUGAGAGUCAGACAUGCCAAAAUCCACAUUGUGAUGCCAACAAAAGAUACAUGAAUGAGAUUGGAGGGCGAGAAAAAAAGCCUAGGGAAUUUUUUCUUGAGUUCGACAUAAGCCAUCAAAUCCAGGAAUUUUUCAAAGGUAUGUAUAAGCAUCCCCCAACUCCUGACUACGGGCCAAUCAAGGUUACUUCUACAGGAAGUAAACUAUAAAAACUCUUGUUUGGUGAUUUUGACAAAUAUUUAUUGAAUUGACGCAAGUGGGACGGAACAGAAAAUAAGACUACUUUAUGCUCAUUGCUCACAUAGUUUACUUACUGAACAUAGCUUGCUGAUGGUAGAGAAUUCUUUACCUAACUGCAAAUUAAUUAACAUUGUUGAUGUAGUCUAUGUGAAUGUUAGUAAGCUUAGUAUAAAACGCUAUAUUUCUGAAAAUGUACAAAUUAUACACUUCCAUUUGACAAUGUAUAUGAAGAGCUCUGGAGUUAAUCCAAGUUGCCUAACCUGAUGAUUCAAGGUUGUCUGUCUGGUAAAAUGUGAAGAAUUUGGUAGUUUAUUUCUGUUUUCACUUCAGAUCCAGAGUUCAGAAAAAACAUCAACUACAGAUUCACAGUGCCAACAGAUGGAGAGUCAUACAGAGAUAUAUAUGAUGGUCAUAUAUAUCAAAAGAUCAAGGAAAGUUCUUAUGCUGAUAACCCUUACAAUCUCACAAUGGUCUAUCAUAUUGAUGGGGCAAGGCCAUUUAAUAGUAGUGGGAAGGAAGUAUGGCCAUUCCAAGGUUUCAUCAAUGAGCUGCCCCCAUAUCUAAGGUAAGUUUGUCACAAAGAAUUC